AUGUACCGCACAACAUACGAGUCAUCAAAUGGCGCCAAUUCUGGUCUUUCGUCCUUCCGUAUGCCUCUCGCAACAUUUGGUUCCGGCUGCUUCACCACAAGAUCUCAUGUCAAUCCGUGCUGCAUAACCGUAUUCCCACCUCAUUUCCCUCCCCUAAUUGUUCGCUGUGUGGAACGGAAAUUGACUCUCAAAACCAUUUUCUCUACGCAUGCCCACUCAAGCUUCCUCUCUGGAACACACUCUGGCUCGCGCAUUUCGGCUUUUCCCCCCAAUCCUCUGACAUUCACAAUACGCUAUACAACCUUGUGGAGACAUCACUGGGCUUUCUUAUUCGGUCAAUCACCUUUCGUUGCUGCUAAUGGCACUACCUCUGCCAAUUCCCUGCUUUCCCGUUUACAAUCCGAAGAAAACCUUGAUCAACGCCCUUUUUCUGUCUAA